GUCUGGAGGGCUCUGAGCGGAGUGACGGAGAGGGAGGGGAUUUAGGACUAACAGGUGGUCCUGAGACGUGCUGGCUGACGCUGAGCUCAGAGCGAGCACACUCUGUGUGGGUAUUCAUGAGCUUUCCUCUCUCCAACUGGAUAUAUGUGCCUGUUGUUCCUGGUGUAGCUUUGGAGCCCUUUCAGCUAUGGCAAUAAGAAAUGACUUGAGCAAAACUAUCAGGAGGAUAGCACGUUUUUUUUACUGGUUUCCUAAAUCAUUGAGCAGUUCGAGGAGGAGGACAGUAAAACUUCUCUGGAAAUCUGCUGAUUGCAAGUACACCUGCCAUGCUCACUGCCAAGACCUGGUGCACCUGGGCUGCCGGCGGAAUGGAAAAUUAAUGGACUGCCUCGCUCCACAUGACGCCUUAGAUUCAUCUUGCAACAAGGGUCAGGAUGUUCAGAAGGAGAGGGAACCUCAUGUUUAUCUCACUAAAGAAGAAGUUAAAGAGAAGAUACAAAGCUAUAAUUCAUCUGUCACCGAUAAAUUAAAGAUGACCUUGAACGCAAAUGGGAUUUACACUGGCUUCAUCAAAGUCCAGAUGGAACUAUGCAGACCAAUCACUGUGCAGUCUUCCCAGAGCCAGGGGAGGUGUGCUCACAGCAAUAAUGAAACUGCUUUUUACUUGCCGGAUGGCUGCGUGAAUACCCUGCACAUCAGCAGCACCAACACUGUGCGUGAAGUUAUCGAGGCCUUGCUCAAAAAGUUCUUUGUGGCUGACAACCCUGCGAAGUUUGCACUUUAUAAACGCUGUCACAAGGAAGAUCAAGUUUAUACAUGCAAGCUGUCAGACAGAGAACAUCCCCUCUACCUGCGCUUGGUGGCAGGCCCCAGAACAGAAAUGCUCAGUUUUGUUCUACGUGAGCAUGAAACUGGAGAAGUCAUGUGGGAAGCUUUCAGUAUUCCUGAACUGCAAAACUUCUUGCGUAUACUGGACAAAGAGGAAAACGACCAACUGCAGAUCUUAAAGAACCGUUACGCAGCUUACAGAGGCAAACUUGAAGAAGCCCUUCGAGGAGUGUUUAAACCUGGUUAAAAGGGGGCCAAAGGACACUCAGGAAAAACGCACGCUACCAAAUGUCAGUAUAGCAUGCCAAACCCAACCUACAAAGAGCAGCAGAGAGUAGUUUUCUUUAUUCAGAAGACUGUUUUGUGAUGCCAGGGUACCUGAAUUUUGCUAUAGACUUAGUUCCAUAAGCCAGGUCACUUAGCAUCUUGCACCUGCAAGUAAGGGAUUCUGCAUGUUUGUACAUCGGUUUGCAAUCCUCUGUGUUCCUAGAGAGUUUUCCAAGUUACCUUGGUGCAAGCUGUGAAACUGUAAGCAAUUUUCUAGGAUGCUAUGAAAUAAGAUAUUUUUUUUCUUCUUUGCUUAAUGGUAGCUUUACAAGUAAGGAUGUGCAAAUUGAUGGGUUAAAAAAAAUUAAAACCAUCUGAAUGAGAAUUAGUUGGAGAACUGUCUUUCAGAUGAAAUUGAUUUGCACUACCUUUCUGUUUUCAGAUAGUUACUGUAUAAUUUGUGAGAGAACUAUUAUAGAUAGAAGGCACACGAGAUCUUGUGGUUUGUACUGUGAAAUUUGUGGAAAGCUUUCAAGUGGCCUUUCUGGAGAAGGUAAAGAGAAAGUUGGAAAGAAGGUAAGAGCUGAGGGAGGAGAACUGUAGAAGCUGACAGAGGAGAAGACUGGUUUUAAAUGGAAAUAGUAUUUACACAGAGGAAGUUAAAAUACUAAUUCUACAAGGUUAAAGUUUUAGGAUGCUUAUAAUAUUGUGAAUAAGUGUAUGGUUUUUAACUGUGUAAAUCCACACUGGAAAAGAAAUAAAGAUAAUAGAAAUAGUGGGAAGGAAUGAGAAGCAAAAGCUAAGUAAGAAAGGAAAUGAAGCUGCACAUACAAGUCACUAUUGGACAAGUGGGUUCCAUAAACGCAUAGUGGGGGUUUGAAAAGUGUGGACAAGCUAAAAAGCUGCUUACUUGAAUUCUGAAAAACGGUCUAUGUCUCAGAUAACUCUGUGAGAAAUACCCAUCUAGUGAGUGUUCAGACAUAAGCUACAACUACAGAUGCAUUUGGUCUUUAUUUUAAGUCAGAUCUUUCCUCUGGCUCAGCAAUCCAUUUUUAGGCUGGAUAAUUUUGAAUUAUCAUAUCUGAAAGGUAAAAAUAGCUUCCUCUGCUUCUUUGUAAAGGCUCAGUCAGGCAAAGAAAGUAAAAUGUUUUGUUCAUAUUUCCAGCUCAGCAGAAAAUUAACAUUUAUUUAAGUCUGUGUUGAUGACUGAGCUUAUUAUGCUUUUAGUACUUCAGAAAGUUUUUCCCUUAAAGUUUUUAAACUCUUAAUUGAAAAACUGAUUACCAAAUUCUGCAGACUGCUGAUUUACUUGAUUUAAAAGUAGGAAAAAUGUAGCAAGAAAACUUUUUACUUUAGUGUAAAUAUAAUUGUUGGUCUUUCAGAGUUAUUUAUCUAAAAAAGCAUGUUCAAAAGAAACCAAAGAAGUGGGUGUGCAAUAGAAGCAUGAGGCAGAUUCGAGUGACUGAUACUUUAGUCAUUAUCAUGCCAGAGGGGAAUUGAGUUAUAUACAGGGGGUGGGGGAGUGGAGGAGUGCUAACGAUUGAAGAGCAGCAAAAGUUGUUUUAAAUUCCCAAGGAAUUGUUAAAACUUUAGUGACAUCUAAUGGAUACUGUGUGAAACUCCAAGAUGCUUCUGUUCUUCCCCUUAAUUUGAUGUAAUUGUGCCUUUGUUUCCUUUCCUUAGUAAGAUUUUUUAAAAACUCUUCACAGAUUUUUUUUUUUUUUUUGGUAAAAAGAAUUUGCAAGCUUAUGAGACAAUCAUAAUGUUUUAAAGGGUUAAGAGAAAUUAAGAGUAGUACUAAUGAUAAAGUAUAUAUAAGGCAUAUCUUGUUUGUUUUCUUAAUUUCACAUGUAACAUGGUAGUGCAUGUGUGAGUUAGUAACAUUAUCUUCAAGUGAGACACUUUAUAAUGGUUCAGGGAAUGUUUUUGUGUUUUGUUACAAUUUGUUUUUCUCGGAAUGCAGCAGCAUGUCGGUGGAUAUUGUUAACAUCUACUUAUGUAUCUGCCCAUAGCUAUGUAAUUAUUACAUAAUCACUGUCGAUAUUGAACCAUUUGUUGCUCAGAUUCAAACACUGUUUGAGUUUAAAAGUGGAGUAUAAAAAUAUGUGAAUUUUUUGGUUUUACUUGAACUAAAUGAUCAGUCUUUUUAAGUAGGCACAUCUGCAUUUACUUUAGCCAAAAACCUCAAUCAGUGUUGUAUGCACUAUGAGUCUUGAUUUGGGGUGGAGGGGAUGGGGGUGGGGGACCAAAAUAAACUUAUAUUUUAAUUUUGUCUUAGUCCACAGUUAAUUAUUGUAAAAUGUCAUGUGUGGGGUUAACUUUUCUCAUUUUUGUUCUACACACUGGCAAUUACAGCAGCUUUAAUUUAAAAGAAAUGGUCAUGCCUUGUCAGUUUUAUCUUUUUUUUUUUUUUUAAUUUUAGCAUCAAAUUGAACUAUCAAAGUUUUUGUUGCAAAACUGUUUUCAUAUAAUUGUAUGAUGGUACCAGAAUGAUUAAAUGAUAGGGGGAGGGGGAAUGCAGGGAAACAUUAAAAUGUAUGUCUUUAAAUACAAACAUUUAAACUAUUUAUAAUUUUGACAAACUUAGUUUUAUUUUUCUAGGGAAGUUUUUAUUCCCCUUAAAGUUAUUACUGAAAUGGCAAAAAAGUGAUGGUUCAGUUAUUAAAGUUGAAGUUGGCAAUACUCA